AUGCUUUGGACUUGCAAUAGCCAUAUUAAGGAUAUAGAAUUCAUUUGUUUAAACCCAAAUUGUUCUGAAACGAAAAUCUCUUGUUUUUAAUGCAUUUAAAAUGGGAAUCACAUAUCCCAUCUAAAAGAUGUGAAAAAAAUUGAAAAUUUUUAUGAAUUAUAUUCAUAAGAAUCAAAUGACAAUACUAUUUUGCUCAACAAGUUUGGUUUAUUAAUUGAAAAAAUAAAACAUCAAUUUCAAAUAAUUAUUGACGGAAUUCAACUUAAAUAUCAUAUAACAGAAAGUCAAUAUUAAAAUUUGAAUACAGAAUAAAUUAAUCACCUAGCCUUUUCUUUCAUCGAAUGGAAAAAGGAUAGGGAUUUUAUAGAAAAUACAAUUUCAGGAAGCAUUAAUUAACUAUUGGAAUCAAUCAAUAUUUGCAUUAAUACUCUAAAAUUACAAUAGAAUAAAAUUAAUUCACUUAAUAUAUAACAAGAAUAAAAAAUAUUAAAAUAUGAAUUAAUUAAUUCAAUUAAAGAUGACGAUAUAUUUGCUUUUGCUUUUGAUAAUGUAUCUUCAUUAAUGGUUGCUGGAUAUAGUUCAAGUACAAUAAAAGUAUUUGAAUUUAAUUAGGGAAAUUUGAAUUUUCUUCAAGAAUUAAACGAUCAUAACUCUUUUAUUUAUUGUUUAUAUUUUAUGAAAAAAUCUUAAUGCUUUCUAUCGGGGAGUGGAGAUAAAUCAAUUAUUUUAUGGUCUAUUAAUCAAAAUAAAUAAUUUUUUUGCAAAUAGAAAUUGUAGGGACAUAAUGAUAGUAUUAAUUGUCUUAUAAUGAGUGAAAAUGAGGAACUGAUUAUUUCAGGUAGUAGUGACAAAACCAUCAGAUUUUGGACUAAGAAUUCACAACCAUCAUGGAAUUGUUAAUAAAUCUUAAGUGUUCAUAAAAAUCCUGUCAAUUCAAUUAGUUUAAAUGAAUCCUCAACAUAGUUAAUCUCAUGUGCAUAAAAUGAGAAUUUUAUAAUAAUCAGCUAAUAAUAAGUUGAUAGAUUAUUUUGGGAAGUAAUUUCAACCAUCCAAGUUGAUUAAUGGGGAUAUAGAUUAUGUUAUAUAAAUAAUUUAAUGUUUACAUUUUAACCGAAAUCCAAAGAAUAAAUGUAUAUCUAUUAAAUUGAUGAUAAAAAUGGUUAAUUUAAAAAAACUAAAGAAUUAACUAUUAAAGCAGGACAUUGUUCAAUGUACUUUCCUCAGUAAUAUAUAAAAUCUAAAUCAAUUUUGCUCAAUAAAAAUGGAAAUCAUGUAAAUUUAAUCAGGAAAUUGGAGAAUCAAGAAUUUGUGACUGAAUAAUCAAUUGAUUUUAGAACUCAAUAUAUUUACGGAAUGAUGUCUUAGGAUGGAGAUUAUUUAAUAACAUAUGAUGAUUAAACAAGGGAAAUAUAAAUAAGAAAAAUAUUUUAAUGA